AUAUGUCCGAGACAGAGAGGGCAAUCGACAAACAUGUAGAGCGCUGUUGGAUCCAGGCUCGCAAUCGCAUUUCAUUACAGAAGAUUUGUUAGCUAGACUGCAGCUUCCAUGCAGAACAGAAGAACAGGCCGUCAAUGGUAUCAUGCAAAUGGCAACAAAUACUCAGCUUGCAACGAAGAUAUGUAUCGAAUCGCAACACUCCGGAUUUAAGGCUAAUCUGGAUUGCCUGGUGCUUCCAAGGAUAACAGAACGACUUCCGCAAUUCAAACUGGACAGGAUGCUCCUCAAUAUCUCAAGGGAUCAACGACUUGCAGAUCCGAAUUUCGACAAACCAGGCACAAUAGAUCUUCUAAUAGGUGCAGGUCUGUUUUGGAACCUAUUAUGCGUUGGACAGAUCAAGAUGUCGAGGGGAAGUCCAAUCUGGCAAAAAACGCAGCUCGGCUGGAUAAUUGGAGGCGAGCUCAUUGACGCUAAACCAAGGGUAACUUCCACAUCACUCUUGAUUGUCAACAAAUCAUUAAACGAACAGGUUGAAAGAUUCUGGACUCAGGAGGAGGUACCGGAGCUUCGACAACUAACCACACAAGAAAGAUAUUGCGAGGAACAAUUCAUAUCGACACUUUCCAGAGAUCCCACUGGAAGAUUUGUAGUAAGCCUACCCAAAAAUGAGGCAGUCACAAUUGGUAGCUCAAGAGAAGUUGCCUUGCAACGAUUUAAGGCUUUGGAGCGCAGAUUUAAACGGCAACCUAACCGCAAGGAAGAUUAUGUGAGAUUCAUGGAAGAAUACGAGAGACAAGGGCACAUGGAGCCAGUGGAUGGAGAUACUCUAAGCGAAAACGGGUUGACAUGCUUUCUUCCACACCAUUCAGUUUUGAGGCCAGAUCAUCUCACAACAAAGGUGAGAGUGGUGUUCGACGCAUCAGCCAAGACGAGCAGCGGUCGGUCGUUAAAUGAUAUGCUCUUGGCAAGACCGAAUUUACAAAAUGACUUGAUGCACAUAUUGCUAAGAUUUCGAUUGCAUAAAUACGUAAUAACUGCGGACAUAGCCAUGAUGUUUCGGCAGAUUUUGGUGAACGAGGAGGAUAGAAGACUACAGCUGAUAAUUUGGAGAAAAUCUGAAGAUCUUCCCAUAGGUACAUAUGCUCUGAAGACAGUUACAUACGGCACGAACUGCGCACCAUAUUUAGCAAUGCGCUGCCUCAGACAGUUGGCAUCGGAAAACAAGGAUCAGCAUCCACAAACUGCACGC